CGUGUUCAACCCGAUGAUGUGGAGGAAGGAAAACGAAACCAAACAGCGUCGGCUUUCGAUCUAUUGUCCAGAAAGUUGGUCUCUAGUCAACUAACAUCUGCUUAUAUUUUAACCACGCGGGUAAUUAAACGAGGAAUUGAAGACUGCAUAUCAAGAGGAGAAACAUGUCUUCUGCAAGAAAGGAACUUCAGGAGACCUUGUGCUGCUACAUCGGAGAUACCCUCAUCUACAUCGACACAGUGAGAGAAUUCUGUGAGAGGAGCCAUAAAUGGAUACUUGGGAGGGAGACAGAGUUGCACAUGAUGAAGGACAUCAAAGACAGGGCUGACAACAUCGACCUAAGCAUUGACCAUGUCACCCAGUCAGAGAACAAAUUUAAGGCCUUUUGGGAAUAUAUGACAAGCAAGGCAACCCAGGUGACUGCAGACAGCCGGCGUGCAGAGCUGGAGAGGGAGCUGGCUGCUGUGCUGAAGGACACUCUGGGAGGUCUGGAGAAGCUCGACUGCUUCCUGGAUGCAGUGGAGACUCUGGCGGUCACCUCACUUCAUGUGUUCACGGAGGAGAACCCGGUGUUACAUCUGCCAGAAGGGAUCAGCCCCGUUCAGCUUGUCAUCUAUGCUGCACGGACAAUCUGUCCUCAGCUCAUCGAGUUUAAAAGAGAUGCAAAUGUCUUCUUCCGUCCCAAACUUCAGAAUGUGGAGGUGCUGUCAUAUCAGCUGAACGAAUACAUUAAGACCACCCAGAAAAUCUGUGGGAUGUUAGAGAAAAGCUCCCUCAGUGACUUUUGCAUGGAGAUGAACGACGAAACCCUGGUGGACCUCGAUGUGGAUUUGUCUGAAGAUGACAUACAAAUGAUGCUUUCUCACAUUAAUGAGCUUGAUGAAAUCAGAAUGAACCAGAACUUCCGGAUGGUGUUCUUGUUUCAUGGGGAAUGUUCUGGCUUCAUCAGUGAGUUUGAAAAGCGACAGCCCAGAAUGCUGCAGUUUCUAAAAGACCUGGAGGAGAAUGCUGUUCAGCUAGACAGGAUGAACAAGGGGGCAAAAAUCUCCAGCGUGGCAGGCAGCUCAGUGGGGGCAGCUGGAGGUGUGCUUUCCAUUAUCGGUUUGGCCCUAAUUCCUGUAACAGCUGGAGUGUCACUAGUUCUCACAAUGACUGGGGUGGGGAUGGGAAUUACCAGUGGAGUCAACAGUGUGGUCACAACUGCCACAGAGAUUGGCGUAAACCGCAAACAUCAAAAUAAAGCCAGUGAGAUCUUCCAGAGCUUCAUGGAGGAUGUGCAGAGUCUCCAGGAUUGUCUGAAGGAGGUCACCCAAAGGGAAACAAACCCGAUAGAUGUGGUUCUGGGAGUAGGCAGGAUUAUUUAUACAGCUGGUGCUAUUGGAAAAGGUAUCGAUUCGUUUGUUGAUGCUGCCUCAGCUCUUAAGAUGUUAAAAAGUGAAGAGCUGGUUGUAAGUGCUGGCAAAGUGGCCAUGCAGGAAGGGAAAGCGUUACGUAACGUGCCCAGGGUGGCAGCAGAUAUCCCCGAUAUUGGUCAGGCAGCAGUUAAAGGUCCUCUUGCCCUCUCCAAUUCAGCUAGGGCCGGUCUCAUCGGGCUCAAUGCUCUCUUCCUUGGCAUGGAUAUCUUCUUCAUCUGUAAAGACAGCAUCAGUCUGGCCAAAGGCUCCGAGACUGAGGUCUCACAAUUCAUCAGAGCCAGAGCCGCAGUUUGGUGCUCAGAGAUGGACUCAUGGCAGAAGAUCCAUGACUUCCUUUGCAAAGGUCUGCAGACAUCAGAGAAUAACAAAGCUGUCCUGGAGAAGCCAUUUUAUCCAGAAAGGGAGAUGAAGGAACGCAGAGAAACGGGAAUGAAAAUUCCAUUUGAUGAAGUGGAUGAAAAACAAAAAGAUAAAUGAGGAAAAGUCAUGUGUAAUACAGUGAACAGAGACGAGUACCAACUCUGACACUUUGAUCACAUAUCAGAUCCAUUUAAACAUCAUUAAAAUGUAUCUUUGAGAAAUUCUUACUAAGCUGUAAUUCUCAUGACAUGAACCAAUUCAUUGAUUUCAUUAAUCUUUUGCUGAACCUGUUUAAAAUAAAUGUGCAUUAUUCUGUGUUAUGUAACACUUUACCUGAUGAUUGAAACACUACUGAAAAAUAUAAUUACUAUUUUAAUCCUAGAUUUGCAAUAACUGUAAAAUCAAAUAAGAGCAAAAUAUUAUGCAAAAUUACAUUCUGUACAGUCUGUAUGAUCUUCAUUAUUAUGUAUGUAUAAUUCAAUCUGCACAUUUUUCUUGCACAAAUUAAUAAAUAAGAAUUUAAA